AUGGGCCAACCAGCAUCAGAUCUAGAAAGGCGGGCGAAAGAGGCAAGCAAGGAGUAUCACGACGCCGUCUGCGGGCAGAAGCGGCAGCAUUGGGAUGAUUUUCUGGCAGAAGACUGCAACAUUUGGAAGGCGGCCAAGUACCUCAAGGCAGGGACGGGAGACGCGGAUGACAAGAUCCCCCCACUGAAGAGACAGGAUGGUACGGUAACGAGGGACAAGCAGGAGCAGAUGGGAGAGUUGCUCGGCGCCUUCUUCCCACCCCUACCAGAUGACAUUGAUGAUGAACAACAAGUCAGACCGCACCGAGCACCGGUGUCGAUGCCAGAACUAACCAUGGAAGAGGUGGAAAGGAAGGUCAUGGCAGCCAAGCCAUGGAAGGCUCCAGGCGUUGACGGAUUACCGGCAAUGGUCUGGAAACAGCUAUGGCCAGUCGUCAAGGAGCGAGUGCUGCACCUGUUCCGGCUGUCUGUCAAGGAUGGUGACCUGCCGAGGCAGUGGAGGAGUGCAAAGAUCAUCCCACUAAAGAAACCGAACAGGGAUGACUACACCGCAGCCAGGACUUGGCGGCCAAUAUCGUUACUGUCAACGCUGGGUAAGAUCUUGGAGGCCGUGAUAGCGGAGCGGAUAUCAUACGCUGUGGAAACGUAUGGCUUGCUGCCAGCAAACCAUUUUGGGGCCAGGAAGAGACGUUCGGCAGAGCAAGCACUCGUGCUCCUGCAAGAGAAUAUAUACAGGGCAUGGAGAAUGGGCAAGGUUCUCAGUCUCGUCAGUUUCGACGUCAAAGGUGCGUACAACGGAGUGUUUAAAGACAGACUGCUACAGAGGCUUGCGACAAGGGGACUGCCGGAAGAACUGGUGAGGUGGAUAGACGCGUUCUGCUCCGAGCGGACCGCCAGCAUUGUGGUCAAUGGACAUUGCUCCACUCAGCAAGAGCUCCCGCAAGCUGGCCUCCCUCAGGGAUCCCCUCUAUCACCGAUUCUCUUUCUCUUCUUCAAUGCAGACCUAGUACAAACCACGAUCAGCACGUCAGGUGGUUCAAUUGCGUUUGUGGAUGACUACUCGGCCUGGGUAACGGGAUGGACGGCGGAGGCGAACCGGGAGGCCAUCCAGGCAAUUAUAGAUCGCGCUCUUGAAUGGGAGAGACGGAGCGGGGCUACGUUCGAGAGCGACAAGACGGACAUCAUUCACUUCACGCGAAUUGCUGAGCGGUCUAGCGAGCCGCCAUUUGUGGUUAAGGGGAAGACUAUCCAGCCUCAGGAGAGCACCAAGGUGCUUGGAGUGGUACUGGAUGCGAGGUUACGGUACAAAGAACAUAUGGCCAGGGCAGCCGCAAAGGGUUUGACGGCUGCCAUGCAUCUGAAGAGACUUCAUGGAUUAUCACCGCGCGCAGCCAGACAGCUUUUCACCGCCACCGUAGCGCCUGCCAUGGAUUACGCCUCGGCUGUCUGGACACACUCCUGCGGAGUAAGAGAAGUAUACUGGCUGAAUCGAGCACAAAUGCUAGGGGCACAGGCGGUAACCGGGGCAUUCCGGACGGUGUCGACAGCCGUAGCGGAAGCAGAGGCGAAUAUUGAACCGGUCGUCGAGCGGCACGCUCGGGCAGUGGCCAAGUUCUGGGUCAACACGCGCACUCUCCCACGAGCGCAUCCUCUCGCCAGGUUGAGAACCAGAGCAUGCUGUCACGGGCUAUGCCCGAUGCUGUGGACCCGGCUCUGCCGGGCCCGGAGCUUUGGCGCCGUGCAGACGGUCGGUUGUGUAAUUGGAUUAAUUUCGCCUAAGUUGCCACUGCAACUUAACUGUGCAAGCUCGAGGCGAGCCUCGAGCUUGCUCUUCUCCUUUCUUUCUCCCUAG